AUGGCUCAGUCUGCUGGGGUUCUUAGUACCUCACAAGUCGGCAGUUUCGAUAACAAAGUGCAGUGCCCGGUAUGCCGUCUAGAGAUGGCAGCGGGGCAGAUUAAUUCCCAUUUAGACUCAUGCCUGCAGGAGAAGCCUGUUGGGGGUGUGCCUGGUAAGAAAAGACGCCUUAAUCCGAAUGAAAAAACAGGAGGGAUAGAGGUGAAUCAUCCUGCUGUGAAUCCCCUUGGGCCAGUGGGUUCCACGUUUCCUCUUUUUAACAAAUCAAGAACUCCUAAUGGGCCAUCUGAAUGUGCUUCUCCCAGUAGCAGGAAGCAGGGGGGAAGUGUGUUUUUUGCUGAGGCUCUUCAUAGUCAAGGUGAUGACAGCACCUGUCUUCCCCAACACAGCCUUAGUCCAGAUGCCAAGAAACCCAAUAAUCUGUCUGAAAAACUGGAUGGUAAACCUUUGGCAGAUAAAAUGAGACCAACUACCCUUAAUAACUAUAUGGGUCAGAACAAAGUGUUAGGAGAAAACACCAUGCUUAGGAAUCUUCUUCAAGCAAAUGACAUUCCUUCCAUUAUACUCUGGGGACCUCCUGGCUGUGGCAAGACCACAUUGGCCCAUAUAAUUGCCAAGAAUGCCCAGAAGAGCAGCUCUAGGUUUGUGACCCUUUCAGCCACAAGUGCUUCUACCAGUGAUGUGCGAGAGUUUAUCAAGCAAGCCCAAAAUGAACAGCGGCUUUUUAAGAGGAAAACUAUUCUUUUUGUGGAUGAAAUUCAUCGUUUCAACAAGAUGCAACAGGACACCUUCCUUCCUCACGUUGAGUGUGGAACAAUUACACUUAUUGGGGCCACCACAGAAAAUCCUUCUUUCCAGGUGAAUACUGCUCUGUUGAGUCGAUGUCGUGUGAUUGUCUUGGAGAAACUGUCUGUGGAAGCGAUGGAGACUAUACUGAUGCGAGCAGUAGAUUCAUUGGGGUUAAAGGUCCUAAAAGACGGAGAGCAGCUUGUUGGAAGCAGCAGCGAUGUUUCAGAGACUUCAGUAUAUGUUGAGGAGAAAGCUUUAACCACUCUUGCCCACCUCUGUGAUGGUGAUGCUAGAACAGGUCUCAAUGGCCUUCAAUUGUCUGUUCAAGCAAGUUUAGCAGCAGAAAAAGAUCCCAUAAAACAAGGAAUAGUUAUAAAAGAAGAGCACAUCAAGGAAGGAUUGCAGCGUUCCCACAUCCUCUAUGACCGUGCUGGGGAAGAGCACUACAACUGUAUUUCAGCACUUCACAAAUCCAUGCGUGGCUCUGAUAAGAAUGCUUCGUUAUAUUGGCUUGGUCGGAUGCUUGAGGGUGGAGAAGAUCCAUUGUAUGUGGCAAGACGGUUGGUGAGAUUUGCAAGUGAGGAUAUAGGGCUAGCAGAUCCCCAGGCCCUAACACAAGCAGUAUCCACCUACCAAGCCUGCCAUUUUAUAGGAAUGCCGGAAUGUGAUGUUAUAUUAGCACAGUGUGUCAUGUACAUGGCUUGUGCUCCAAAAUCAGUUACAGUGUAUAGUGCCUACAACAAAGUGAAGAAUUGCUUGAAGAACCACAAGGGUCCACUUCCACCUGUUCCCCUCCACUUGAGAAAUGCACCAACAAAACUUAUGAAAGGUUUGGGUUAUGGUAAAGGCUAUAAAUAUAACCCUAACUUUUCAGAACCAGUAGAGCAGGACUACAUGCCUGAGGAAAUGAAAGGGGUCACAUUUGUUUGA